UGAACGUGAGCCGCAAGUUAUUUUUUGCCGCAUCAGCCUUUUAUGUAAAUACGAUUUUCCAGCUCUGGCGCUUCAUGGUCGAAAUGUUCACCGGAGUCAAACACUUGCAGAAGGGGGGCAGAUGGAGGGGAGCUAUCCGCCGCUGCUCCUUCACCUCCGUAAAUGAACCGGGAGCCGGAUUUGAAGAAGCUGAAACCGUGUCCGCUUUGACUUUUGGGGGAACAAACGGAUCAAUUUGGAUCCUGCCGACAUGUUGCUCCCCGGCCGCCGCCUCCUUUUCCUCCUGCACCUCGGGAUCGGUUCACUCGAUACAGGAGUUGGGCAGGAAGAAGUGUUUGGUGUCGAUGGUUCAUCACCUUUACUGGAUCCUAAAAUUGGAGCUGAUCUGAGCAAAAGUGAUGUUGUAUGGGAGUUCACUGGCAGUGAUAGAAGGCUUCUAACUAUCUUGGAUUAUGUUCCUAAUUACUCUAAACUGGAGCCAAAUGAACAGUUCAAAUUGCGUUUACGUUUUAAUGUGUCCACUGGCUCUCUGAGGAUAAUUAAUGCAACAUCUAGAGACCAAGGAGUUUAUAAAAUCACUGUAGAUGGAAAACUGAGAGGAAGUAGAGUUUUGAAACUCAUUGAGCCACUAUCUGAACCUUUGAUCAAUGAUUCCUGUGUGAAUACCACCAUUGAACUGACUUGUCAAGUUUCUUUGGGGAACGCGAGUUCCAUUCAGUGGUGGAAGGAUGGUGAAAUGAUAGUGAAUGGCCAACAUUAUCAGUUGGUGCAAAACAACAGCACAUUGAUUAUUUCUGAAGCCAAUAAAUCAGCCUAUGGAAACUACACUUGCAACGUGGAAAACCCUGUUAGCAAGAGUUCACACACUCUUUCUGUGAAUGGUCAAGAGUGUGAGCCAGCAGCCAGUGUACAAAUGAUUGUAAUUCCUGUUGUGGUGGUGCUGCUGCUGCUACUGGCAGUGGUGAUAUUUUUCUUGAUGGUCUGUAGAAAAUACAAAAAAAAAGGACAACUGGAUCUCCAGCAGUAUAUUCCAGUGCACAAGAUCAUGAACUUUAAUUUUAUGAGUUGAAUGUCCCAUCCUUUAAAUCCAGGAGCACUGUUCCAUUGAAUGCCUUAAACCUGGGAGUAUGACUGCCAUUGAGGAGCCAUUUUGUAUUUGACUUUGAAUACAGGUGAACUAUGAACUUCCAAUACAAUUUUCCCUCAUUCUCAAUGAGUGCAGAACAUGGAUCAAAAUCUUUUUUUAAGGCUGUUUUUGAUUUUCAGCAGCUACGUUUUCAACCUCACUAACCUGUUUAUUAUGUGAUUGUGUCACUUAAUGUCGUCUUCUCUAUUUGUGUAGACUUUUUUUUAGCUUCCAUCUUUAGCUAGAUAAGAGCAGAGAUAUUGUGUUUAUAGUAUAUAUUAUAUUUGUAUAUUUAUUUGUAUAUGACAUUGGUAAAUUAAAACUUUUAUCUUUCCUAUAA